AUGCUCGCUGAAGAAUUGUUCCAAUGGGAUGAUGUCAUUGUGAACCCCAUGAAGGGUAAUGUGAGCAGUAACCCCAUCAAUCCCACCUGGAUCCCAUUCAGCUCCACCAGGUCUGGAGAAGGCCAUCUGUCAUUCUCCCUGUGCCUAAUGAAUGGUGACUGGUUUACAGAGCGCCCUUCCACUGUCUACUCCCUGGGAGACCUCAUUCACAUUGAGGCGUCUGUUUCAAUGGCUAACCAUGUACCCUUGAAGCUGUACAUUGAUCGCUGUGUAGCUACACUGAGCCCAAACAAAGACUCCACCCCGAGAUACAGCAUCAUUGACUACAAUGGUUGCCUCCGGGACAGCAAAGCUGAGGACUCCUUUUCAACCUUUGUGUUGCCAGGAGACGGGCGGGAGCCAGACAAGCUCAGGUUUGACCUGGAUGCCUUUCAUUUCUAUGGAGAUGAGCAUUCCUUGAUUUUCAUCACCUGUCACCUGAAAGUUGCGGCAGUGGAUCAGCGAGAUUCCAGGAACAAAGCUUGUACAUUCCGGAAACCGUUUAACUGGACCCCAUUGGAGGGACCAGACAGUGACAUUUGUGCCUGUUGCCAUGUGGGGAACUGUGGGAGCACAAGGGAGAUCCUGUUCCCCUCCAGAGGAAGGAGAGACCUUGGUCCUGAAGCUGUCACGCUGCUGUCCAGUGACAUGAAAAUGUUAGAACCUGACUUCAACAUCAGACUUGACCAAUUGCAACGGAACGACACACAGCUGUCCAGUCACAUGACAAUGUCAGAAACUGAUUCCAAUGUGGAUCUUGUCCAAUUGCAGCAUAACGUCACACAGCUGUCCAGUCACAUGACAAUGUCAGAAACUGACUCCAAUGUGGAUCUUGUCCAAUUGCAGCAUAACGACAGCAAGAAGUGGACAGAGGCCCAGAGGUCCUGUGCAUCACUGGAUGCCAAUCUUGCUGUUAUUAACAAGCCUGAGGAACAGGCAUUUGUGAAAAAAUGA